AUGUCUACAACAUCUGAUUAUUUUAUUGAACUUGCUUCUCUUGAUCCACAAAUUCGAAUCAGUGCCGCUCAAUCAAUUAUUACCAUUCUUAAAAAAGCAGAGAGUGAAAUUAAAAAUGGUGAACAUAGUGAAGUUAUGGUUUAUUCAUUGAAUAGAUUAAUUAAGAGUUUAGGUUCAUCACACGACUGUGCUCGUGAUGGAAAUUUGUUAUGUUUAAUUUUACUUCUUCAAACAUUCCCUUCUAUCCAAGAGAGUUCUGUUGUAGAUAUCGCUACAUCUACAUUUACUACUACUGGUAAUGCUCGUCAAGCAUUAAGAGAUGUACUCUUUGGAAGAUUAUGUACUUGUUUGGCUUUAAUAAAGGCACAACGAGUUAAUGAAACAGAGACCGUAGAAUAUGUAAUGAAAACAUUAUUUUUCCUUGCUAAUAAGAAAUCAUAUCUUUGUGAAGUAUCAACUGAGGCACUUAUUUUAUUAAUUCAAAAUGCAAAAGGAAAUAUUAAAAGUCUUAUUAUUGCUUCUAUAAAUGAACAUAUGAAACAAGUUACUAAAGAGUCUAUUCUUCCAAUAGAUGUUAGUCUUGUGUGUCUUCAAAGUUCUCUUGAAAUUAAACUUACUAUUCCAUCAUGUUUUGAAAAAGGAUUGUUUAGUGAAGAUGGUAUUAAUGCUAUUCAUUUAGCACUUAAAACAGCAUGUGAGACAAGUGGUUCUUCUCAAGUACCAUUAAUGCAUUAUUUAAUUCAAUAUUCUCGUAAAGAAAAACAAUUUAAAAAAUUAAUGGAAGAAGUAUUACUUCCAAUGAGUAAAGGAGAACGUAUUUGUUAUUCAAUUUUUAUGGCACUUAGUCACUGUUUCAAAGAUUUUAAUCAAGAAGAUAUUAAUAUUGUUUUACAACCAAAAUUUGUUAAAUUAUUACUUGCAAUUUCAUUAGUUAGAAGACACCCAUUAAAAAAAGUUGUAGCACAUUUAUUAACAGUUAUUGGACAAAGUACCAAUUAUGCAUUUGAUAUAAUUAAAAAUCUUAUUGGAGAUGGAGGAAGUAUUUAUUUUGAUCAGAUAGCUGGUGUUAAAACUAUAUCUCGUUUAUCUAAACUUCUUGAACCAGAAGAAAGUGAUAAAUUUAUUCAAUUAAUUAUUACUCUUUUUGAUAAAAAAGCUAAUAUUAAUUGGUUACUUGAAAUGAUAGUUUAUAUUGCAUUAUCUCCUAAUAUCAAUAAAGAAACACAUGAUAAGAUAUUAACUUUAUUGUACGCUAUUGCACAUAAAUAUCCUCAUGAAUAUCUUCAUAAAUUAAUUAAAAAUGAAAGUGCUACUCAAAGGUAUCUUCAGUUGUCUAUGACAACACAUAAUAAAGAUUAUAUAGCAGAAAUGUUAAAUAAUUUUAUUGUAUUAUAUGAAUUUAAAAAACAACAAGAAGACAACAAAAUACCAAAAGAUUUUGAAAAGGUUAUUAAAAAAAAUGAAAAGAAACCAGUAUUCCAAUUAUUAUUAUACUUCCUUGUUUUAGAUAUUGAUAAUGAAAAUGAAGAGAGUCUUGAAGUAUUAAAUGAUACAAUGAAAGCAUUAUCUUCAUUAACAACUAACGAAAAUGAUAAAGAAGCCAAAGAAGUAUUAAUUGAUGUAUUGAUUGGAUUAUUAGGAAGAACAGAAAGUCAAAUAAGAGGAUUAGUUAAUUUAGUAUGGAAGGAAUUACUUAAGAGUAUUGGAAAAAGUAUUAAAAAUGUUAUUGAUGCUGUUAUUAAUUGUGAAGAAAAUUUAGUUAUUGAAGAAGAUGAUGAAAAAGAUAAUAAAAAAGAAGAAGCAAAAGAAGAAAAUAAAAAAGAAGAUUUGGAAGAGAAAGAAAUUGAUGUAUUUGAUUUACUUGAAAAUGAAGAUGCACAAGAAGAAAUUUUAAUUCAUAAAAAGAUGAAAGAAAUGGAGAAAAAGAAAAAAGAAACAAAAGAACAACGACAAGUCCAAUUCCAAUUUAGAGUUUGUGAUUUACUUGAAUCCUUUUGUAAAGCAGAGUGUAAUAAUAAAGAAUUUAUUGAGUUUAUUCCACUUCUUAUUGAAGGUGCAGGUAAUCUUUAUAAUAAAUCAAGAUUUUCAUUAAUUUAUGAAAGAUUAUGUAAAAUCUGUGAAGGAAUUAGUAAACACGCUCCAAUAACUAAAGAAAUUACUGACGAAUAUAUGAAAGAACAAUUUAUCAUUUUUAGUGAAUUACUUAUUAAACAAAAAACUUCUCUUAUUGCACAAAGGGCAUUAGGAUUUUACAUUAAAUAUGUAGAAAAAGGAUAUGCUUUACUUGCAGGUGAAGUUAAAAAAUAUUUCAUUUCACAAAUUGAAAGAGAAUUUAAUAAGAAAAGAUGUUUACCAUUUAAGGCUGUUGUUGUUAAUAUGAAAAGAUCAGAAUUACUUCAAGGAACUGAUGUUAUUAAAGUAUGUGUUAUUGGAGCCAUGAAAACAUCAAAUAUGUAUUUAAGAAUUGUAGCAUUAGACUUCAGUUAUUUCUUAUUAAAGAAAGCUAAUAAUAAAACAAAUUAUGGAGAGAUUGCUGAAAUGUUAAACGAACAUAUUGAAGAAUGGAUGAAAGUAAUUGUUGAACAUUCAGAACAAAAAUAUGCUUUAAAAAUUGCUUUAGUUAUGAAUACUUUAAUUCGUGGUAUUGUUGAUACUGGUAUUACUUUUGAUUCUAAAUAUAAAGAUGUUAGUAAAUAUAUUACUGAUAGUUUAGAACAAAUUCCUGCUAAAGCAGGUAAUUUGAAGAAGUUCUUAAAAGAUAUUCGAGAGAAUAUUGAUAGUCAUACAAAAUGA